CUGAAAAGAGCGCGAGAGGGCGGAUGCCGAAACACUGACUCUGAGGGCUGUGCCAGGAUCGCAGUCAGCCCUGCCAUCUCCAUUAAAGACACUGGAAAUGUGCAGACAAAUCCCUAAGUCCUUGGCUGUGACAUCCACCAUGACCUAUUGCCAGAGGGCACAGUGAUUGAGACCUGGCGUGUGUGAGCUGGGCACAGGCAGUUUAGUAUGGGCUGGGUCUGCUUGCACACCAUUUUAUUGAUUAUUUGGGACAGAAAAGCAAAAGCCAGUUUAGAAGUGAGCUGAGGUUUCUGUCAUGGAUGCAAAUAUGAUUCCAAAAUUUGUUUCCAAAGAUGAGGAAAUUGAUUUCUGGAAGGCUCUUUCACUCAAGUACAAGAAAAGUUAUAAUGAAGCACAGGAGGAGUUGCUGGAGUUCCAAGAGGGGAGCAGAGAGCUGGAGACAGAGCUGGAGACGCAGCUGGGUCAAGCGGAACAUCGAAUCAGAGAUCUGCAGGUGGACAAUGAGAGACUGCACCACGAGCUUGACUCACUCAAGGAGAAGUUGGAGCAGCACUAUUCUCAGAGCUAUAAGCAGAUCUCCAUGUUGGAGGAUGACCUCAGCCAGACUCGAGGCAUCAAGGAGCAGCUGCAUAAAUAUGUCAGAGAGCUAGAGCAGGCCAAUGAUGACCUGGAGAGAGCUAAGAGAGCUACAAUUACGUCUCUGGAGGACUUUGAACAGAGACUAAACCAGGCCAUAGAGAGGAAUGCCUUUCUGGAGAGUGAACUGGAUGAGAAGGAGUCUCUCCUGGUGUCUGUGCAGAGACUAAAAGAUGAGGCCAGAGACUUGCGGCAAGAGCUUGCAGUGCGAGAGAGGCAGCCAGAUUUGAUGAGAAUGUCUGUGCCUGGCUCUCCUACUCCAGACAAUGACAAAACAGACUCCGUUGUCCAGGCCUCUCUGUCCCUACCUGCUACACCUCUCAGCAAGAACCUGGACAACGCUUUUACCAGCCAGACAGUUCUGUCCAACAGUUGCACUAAUGCAGCCCUCACUCCAUCUGCUAGAAUAUCAGCCCUCAAUAUCGUAGGUGAUUUACUGCGCAAAGUUGGGGCUUUAGAGUCUAAGCUUGCAGCCUGUAGAAAUUUCGCCAGGGACCAGGCAGCCAGGAAGAACUAUGUCACAAAUGUCAAUGGCAAUCUGAUUAAUGGAGAGCUUACAAAUUACUCUCACUCGCUUCACACGUCCUACUUCGACAAAGCCAGGACAGUGAAUGGAAUAGACUCUGGCGCCAUGACGAACAUCUCAGCCGCACAACAAUCUAGCUCUCCGUCAGGCCUGGUGCUGAGCGUGUGAUCACGGACCCUUCACGCUUAAAGGAAUAGUUCACACAAACAUGAAAAUUGUCAUCAUUUACUCACCCUCAUGUUGUAUCAAACCUGUAUGACUUUCUUUCCUCCAUAGAACACACAAAUAGGUUUUAGUAUAAUGUUAGUAUCAGUCACCAUUCACUUUCAUUGUAUAAUUUUUCCAUAAAAUGAAAAUGAAUGGUGACUGAGGGCAUUCUGUCUAUUAUCUCCUUUUAUAUUCCAUAGAGAAAGUCAUUGGGGUUUGUAAAAACAUGAGGGUGAGUAAAUAAUGAGUUUUCAUUUUUGAGGUGAACUAUCCCUUUAAAAACGCACUCAAACCCACACAAAGAAGACCUCCAUUUACAUACACAUAGGUAACCACUAUACAGCAAUAUAACAAUUCCUUUUAAGACCCUACUGAAUCUGUCUUUCUGUUUGUUGCUAUGUUUUAAAUCCUUAAUGAAGUUCUUGUUAAUAGUCCUGAAAUAUGUGUAUAUACCCAUCUAAUACAUUUAUGGUUAAUGUUUAUAUAGAUAUGAGCUUAUAUGUACAUAUUUAAUUUAGUUCUCUCCAAACAUUUAUUUAUUCCUAUAUUGUUUUGUGAAGUCUGAUUAACAAAUGGAAUUCACACUAUUAUUAUUUGUUGUGCAACACAUAAUGUGUGUUUGUUUAUAAGGAAGACAUAUAUAUAAUGUACUGUAUAUUGAAGGUGGAGAUAUGACGAUGACUAUCUACAGUAGACUUACAUGUGCACUUAAACAGUAUGUCAUAGAAACUGGUUUCAGUUUUACCAGUUGGAUCGUUGAUUAUUUCAGAAGUGCUAAUGUGUAUCUCACAUGGGUGAAGGGUGUCCCCUAAACCAUGUGGCCUGAUGUAAGUGUGAAAAGUCUUGAGAUUCAGGUAGAUUUGCAUUUUGAACAUUGUCUUGGUGAUAUUGACAAUCGAUUGACAUAGUGAAACGGUUGGUUUCCCAGCAUUAUAGUAUUUGUUGAAAUAUCCACACCUACGUUUUUCACUGAUUUCUUGUCAAUAACAAAUGUCUUUCAGUUUGGUUUGAACAGUGCAAUGUGUCACAUAGUCACUUUUUGUUACUUUUUUGUGCUGGAAUAAAUUGUAGUUUUCUUAUUGCAACAAA